CUUUGGCAGGGGGCUGACAGUGCUCGAGGUGACAAUACCUCGAAGCUCAAGGCUCUUGUUGCUGAAUGGGUUAAUCGGGAUCUCAAGCCAGAAUUCCCGCUCGAUUCCGACGACAAACAUACCCAUGGAUUCUCCAACAAUGCAUGCGGCAGGUUACUCUGCCCUGCUGAACUGGAUUGGAACAACCCAGCGCAAGUAGUACUUUUGGAAUUUCGAGAAAAAUGCUCACUUUUCACCAGGGGCUGUAUCAUGACGGAUCUUUCCUUUCCGGCCUACCUGUAUAAUAACUAUACUGCCAACCCAGAUGAUCUGGAGGAGGGUUUGUUCAAGAGCAAAAUACUUCUUCAGGGGUACAAAGCCGUGUUCACGUCACCUUCCUCAGCAAAAGAUGUUGAGGGUGAUGGGGAUGGCGCCGAUGUCAUCCAGAACAACAGACGCGCCAAGAAGUCAUUCAACAGAGUUGGUAAGGUCAAAAAACACGUCGCUCAAAUCAUCAAUAUGAGAAAGGUCACUUCUCGCUCGAUUGCAUACAUCGCGUGCCUACUUCGAUUCUCACUUUCUUCGGUGACAUCAUGGCGGUCCAUUGAUGGCGACUGUCAUAUCCCAUAUAUUCAUGCUUCUCUUCCGGACUUCGGACCCUUAGAUCCGGUCUGGUCCGAUGCAUAG